AUGGCAGGGAACGGCCGUUCGGAUUGGGAUCUGCAGCUAAGCUCACUCCUUCCCCAUUCCUUCCCCAGAAGACGCCGCCGGAUCUAUCCACAGGGAAACCCUCCUCGUGCGCUGAAUCUGUUCAGCAAACUGGGAGACGAUCUCCUCGUAGAGAUUCUGAUUCGCCUCCCCAACCCUAGAUUCUCCUGCCGGUGCAAAGCCGUCUGCAAGGCGUGGAGAUGCCUCAUCUCCGAUCCCAGCUUCAAUCGCCGCUUUAUUUCUCAUCACCAGAGCAGGUACGAACCAGCAGUUCUGUGUCUUCCCGCAGACGACCCCCAGUCGAUCCUCGGCUUUCUCCCCGUUCCUGAUACAGCCCGACCGAAUUUGAGAGUAUUUGAUUGCUUCAAGGAUUUGCUUUUAUGCGGGUUUGUUGAGGGCACAGAUAAUUUCACCGAAUUAAAAAGAUCGUACUUUGUCUGCAAUCCGUUUAGGAAGCAAUGGAUCGCCCUUCCUUUGGUGCCAGAACAGCCAAUGGGGUGUCUGCGGAUGAAGGCAGUAUUAGCUUGUAAACCCCUAAGUAGCAGUUAUUAUAAUCUUGUGCAGCAGCUAGGUGAUGAACCAGAACAAACUAUCGUUUAUUCUGAGUAUCGCUUCUGCGUGGUGAGUUUUUCCGAAGCUAGGGUUUCCGGUGACAAGACUUUAGUGCUGCAUGUUUUUCGUUCCAACUCUAGGAAAUGGAAGCGGAUUUUGAUUAGUCGUUCUAUAUUAUUUCCAAUGGCCAAUGUAGUCUCGUGGGAAGGGAAGGUGUUUUGGAUGCAUUUUGAUUCCAGUUACCGUCCCGAAAUGCUUGCUUCAUUUGAUCCUUUCCUCUAUAAAAAACCCCCCUGCCAAAUGCAUUUACCUUCUGAAUUGUGGUUGGCAUUGUGCAAUGGACGUUCCAUUAUUGCUGUCUCACAGGGUGCUUUUCACAUAGUUAUAUUGGAACUGGAAGGUGUACCUUUUAGUAUAAGGAAUGCUAUGAGUGUUUGGAGACUGGAAGGAGAUGGUGAGUAUUGGAGCCAAGAAUAUGAAAUGGUGUUUAAGAAGAAGCAAUCACCAUUCUGGGAUGACUAUGAACUUAAGAAGUGGUAUGUGGUUGAUCUGCAUCCGGAGAAGCCGGAAAUCCUCUACUUUAUAUCCUUGGACAAUUAUGCCUUCUCCUACAAUUUAAGGACGAGAGAGCCAGAGUUCUUUUCUCUGAUUAACCUAGCUCAGUUUGGACGCCCGCCGAGGGUAUUCCACCCCAGAGUCGCUUGCUGGCCUACUCCAAUUCCAAACUACGAGGACCUGCAGGGUUUUUACGGUGGAAGCUUGGGCAGCAAAACAACAGUUCCCUCAACCACUGGUAAUUACUUCAAAUUUACCUGUUCUUCGUAG